AUGGAGGAGUGCGCGGCUGCGUGCCGCCUCGACCUCGCCACCUUCUACCUCUCCUCGUCGGGCGCGGGGGCAGGCGCGACUGCGGCCGCGGGCACGGCGGGGGGCGGCCACCGCGCACGGCUCGAGUCCGGGCUGACGCACGCUCGCGCCGGGCUGAGCCUCCUGCAAGGCCGACCGGUUGCGAGCGGCGGUGGCGACGCCGACGAUUCCCUCGUCGCUUCCCUCCGAAGGGACCUGGCCGACGCCGCCGAGCGGCUCCUUCGCGAGCUCAUCCGUGCGACGGCGGUAGCGGGCAACAGCUCGAGGGCGGAGACGCUCAAGGAGGAGUAUCGGGCCUUGCUGAGCAGUCGGACAGACCCCAAGUCCAGGCCGUGGAGCAGGAUUGAUCAGGGCGAACGCAUGACGCUAAGGAGCUUCGAGCAGUGCAACAUAGCUGGCUAUGUCAACCUCCGCUGGGACGUGAGCAGGUUCGAAACGCUCGAGAGCGGCGAGGUUCAGUUGUCGGCACAGCUCGCCAAUCACGGCCGCUACAAGUAUUUCGAGAUCGAUGGGGAAACGUCCGACUUCACCGCGCUCAACGGAAACCCUGUCUACUUCGCAGAAUGGGAAGGCUGUUUGGACGGCCUAUGUACUGAUGCUGUGGAGUUCACGGUCUACUGUCACGACGACAAUGAAAACUGCGGAGGUGAGUGGUUCAAUUUUGGUGGUUGCGACUGCACGUUCGCUAUUACGUGGCACCUUUAUGGCGACCUGGCCGCGCCGCCUCCACCUCCACCAUCCCCGCCGCUGCCGCCACAACCGCCAGCGUUCGUGUUGGUUGUCGUGUCGGCGUCUACGCUGCCACCGGUCGAGCUGCUCCCUGUGGCGGUGUUCCAGGGCUUGCUAGAG